GAGGGUCUGUUAUCUAUGGAAAGAGAGUUUUUACGGAGUUAAAAUCUGUUAUACGUAUGUUUAUUUUUAUUUUGUUUUAAAUCGCAUAUUUGGUCAGCAUGGCUGUGACUGACGCAGUGCUGCCACCCAUCACAUCGUUUCCAGAAGGGAAACUUUCUCAGUUUGACCUGCGCAAGGUGGAUGAGUGUGGAACAGGCUGCGCAACAGGUGGCGCAGAUAUUCCGCUCAUCCAAGUGGAGUUCAGCAUUGUGCACUCUCCAGCUUUACCACCAAAAGAUGACGACGAGCUGGGCAAAUUCUUGGACCUCGAGUUUAUUUUCGCAAACACGGUCGGUUCUGAAAAUAAUGGCAACAUGUCUACGCAGCAGCGACAGUGCGCAUAUUCUCUGCCGGAGUCGCCUGAGAGUUGCAGUGGCAGCUCUGCGCUCGACAGCAGCGACCAACCCACGACUCACCUCGCCGCGCAGGGUUACCACGGCGCAGGAAGCUUCGUCGGUUCCAGCCCAGUUCAGAGUCUGAUGGCGGAGCUUGUUACGCCAGAGAUCGGCUACCACGGAGAGAGUUCGCCAGACAGUGCCGGGAACAUGAGAGACGCGCGGGAGUACACCGAGCUGCGCGCUUUGAAUCCGGUCGCCAUUCCGGCUCUUGGAUACAAAAUUAAGACAGAAUCCGCGAGCCAGUCCUGCAUGAUGGCCGGUGCUGGUGGGGACUUUAUGGGGCACGCGUAUGAUGAGAAACACCGCGUGCGCAUCGUGCAUCCUGCUUUUACGCACCACCAAGUGCCACUCUCAGCCUCUUUAACGGGGUUCAGCGCGCAUUCCGUGCAGCACGCUGCUCCUCAGGGACGCACAGACUGCCACGAGAACCCUCACCAUCACCAUCUGCAAACCCACUACAUGAACGCGCACUACGAACCUCAGUACGCGUACCAGUUUCACGGACAAUACAGCAUGAACAGAGAGCAGCAAAUGCGCGUUCAUCACCACCACCACCAGCAGCAGCAGCACCAUCCAGCUGCCAUGCAGGGGAUGAUGCUCACUCCACCCUCGUCGCCGUCGCUGCUGGAUUUUUACGCGCACGACGACGCGGGGAGCAUCAGGCAGAAGCGAGGGCGCAGGACUUGGGCCAGGAAGCGCGCCGCUACGCACAACUGCGAGUUUCCAGGCUGUGGGAAAACAUACACGAAGAGCUCCCACCUCAAAGCGCACAUGAGGACGCACACAGGUGAAAAACCGUACCACUGCAACUGGGAAGGCUGCGGCUGGAAGUUCGCCAGGUCAGACGAGCUGACGCGUCACUUCAGAAAGCACACGGGACACAGACCUUUUCAGUGUCACCUGUGCGAGCGCGCAUUUUCCCGCUCGGAUCAUCUGGCGCUUCACAUGAAGAGGCACAUGUAGGUUUCCAACCAAGGACACGGACUCACUCCAAAACCUGGAGAACUCCACGUGGCCCGCUUACCUUUUGCAGAGGAGCAUCAUCAAGUUUUACUACUUUUAUAUCCUCCAAUAAAUAUCAAAUGUAUUCCUGUAGAAUGUUCUAGUUUUGCUACAAAGUUUGCAUUCUUACAUUUAUCGCACUGUCAAACCAAUCAAGUGCCUUAUACACACACAAAAAAAAGGCAAACUACUGUAAAGCUUUUGAACAGAAUGAAGAUAUAAAUGUGCGUGAGAGAUUAUAAUACCAUCCUUCUGAUUUAUUAACAGCUUUUUAUACCAGAUGGAUCAGAGGUUUGGUUAUUUUUCUGUAAAUAUUUGUGCAUACAUGAAUCACUUUGCCUAACAUGAGUAUUUAAGAGGUUUUCUCACGCUGUCAUCUUAAUAAGUUAUUGUUGAAUGAGUUAUUGAGCCAUAACAUGACUGCUGACUUGCUUUCCCAAAAGGAAAACUCAGCGUGGGCAGGACCCAGAACUUUUUAUAGAUGGGUGACAAAUUAAAGGGAAAAAGCUGGUUAAGUAAUUUGGAAUUAAUGCAAUGAAAAUGCUUCUAUUUCUGGAGCACCAGGGGUCACCAGAUGGUUGAGUUUGAGAAUGAUGUGCCAACAGAUCUCAACUCAGUUGAACACCUAUGGGAGAUUUUGGACCAAGGUGUUCAAUAGUGCUCAUCAAAAUGCCAAAAUGAGGGGUAUCUUUUAGAAGGUCUCUUCAAUCGAGUUAAUUACUGAAGCUUGUGAUGACCCAUCAUCACCAUACUUUAUGGUGGUUCCACUUAUAUGGCUUUUCCUUCUAAUAUGUCACCCAUCUGUAGGCAUUGUAUGUUUUGAAUGUUUACAUCUUUGCUACUAAUACAAUCAAAACAGGUCAGGGUUUUUAUUCACUUUUUAUUUUUUUUUCUCCAUGAAUCUUAUUGGUGCACAUAGAGUUUAUGAAGGUUUGGUUUAUAAAUAAUAACCAAUUCAGGUACUUAAAUGUGUCUUAAAAAUGUAUAGCCAAAUAUAGUUCAAUUUUCAGGAGAACAAGGACCCCUCAAGUCAUUGGAUUUUACUCCCCUGCCAAAUAAAAUACUUAUAUUCUUGUGGAACAAUAAUGUCUGAGGAAGGAAGAAAUCUGCUGCACUCCCGUUGUUGAACUAUGCUACAGAUGCUAUACUUGAAACAAAAUUUUGAUGAACUCAGAUGUAUCAUUGUUCAUGACUGCAAUUUUAGAUUUUUUUUUAAUGUGGUAAAUGACUAAAAAAUAAU